GACUUCCGGGAGAGCCGGAAGACCCACUGCCCCGUGGAGUGGAGAGGUUCCCGGCUGCAGGAUUGGGAAGGCAAGGUCCUGGACGGCUGCGGUGACUCCAGGGCCGGUACCCGUGCUUGGCGUCAUGGGUGUAAUAGGUAUACAGCUGGUUGUUACCAUGGUGAUGGCCAGCCUCAUGCAGAAGAUUAUACCUCACUAUUCUCUUGCUCGAUGGUUACUCUGUAAUGGCAGUUUAAGGUGGUAUCAACAUCCUACAGAAGAAGAAUUAAGAAUACUUGCAGGGAAGCAGCAAAAAGGGAAAAGCAAAAAGGAUAGGAAAUAUAAUGGACACAUUGAAAGUAAACCACUAACCAUUCCAAAAGAUAUUGACCUUCAUCUAGAAACAAAGUCAGUUACAGAAGUGGAUACCUUUGCGUUGCAUUACUUUCCAGAGUAUCAGUGGCUGGUGGAUUUCACUGUGGCUGCUACAGUUGUGUAUCUAGUAACUGAAGUCUACUACACUUUUAUGAAGCCCACUCAGGAAAUGAAUAUCAGCUUAGUCUGGUGCCUGCUUGUUUUGUCUUUUGCAAUCAAAGUUCUAUUUUCAUUAACUACACACUAUUUUAAAGUAAAAGACGGUGGUGAAAGAUCAGUCUGUGUUACCUUUGGAUUUUUUUUCUUCGUGAAAGCAAUGGCAGUCUUGAUUGUAACAGAAAAUUAUCUGGAAUUUGGACUUGAAACAGGAUUUACAAAUUUUUCAGACAGUGCGAUGCAGUUUCUUGAAAAGCAAGGUUUAGAAUCUCAGGGUCCUGUUUCAAAACUUACUUUCAAAUUUUUCCUGGCUAUUUUCUGUUCACUCAUUGGGGCUUUUUUGACAUUUCCUGGAUUACGGCUGGCUCAGAUGCAUCUGGAUGCCCUGAAUUUGGCAACAGAAAAAAUUACACAAACAUUGCUUCAUAUCAACUUCUUGGCACCUUUAUUUAUGGUUCUGCUCUGGGUAAAACCAAUCACCAGAGACUACAUUAUGAACCCACCAUUGGGAAAAGAAAGUGUCCCUUUAAUGACAGAAGCUACAUUCGAUACUCUGCGACUCUGGGUGAUAAUCCUGCUGUGUGUUUUACGGCUGGCCAUGAUGCGCAGUCACCUGCAAGCUUACUUAAACCUAGCCCAGAAGUGUGUGGAUCAGAUGAAAAAAGAAGCAGGCCGAAUAAGUACAGUGGAGCUACAGAAAAUGGUGGCUCGGGUCUUUUAUUACCUCUGUGUCAUUGCACUGCAGUACGUGGCACCUCUGGUGAUGCUGCUUCACACAACUCUGCUUUUAAAAACACUAGGUCACCAUUCCUGGGGCAUUUAUCCAGAAUCUAUCUCUACUUUGCCAGUGGAUAAUAGUCUACCAUCCAAUUCUGUUUACUCUGAAUUACCAUCUGGUGAUGGGAAGGUGAAGGUAACUGUUACACAGAUAACAGUGGCAUUGAGCAGCUUAAAAAACAUUUUCACUCCUCUGCUCUUUCGAGGACUUCUAUCUUUUCUAACCUGGUGGAUUGCUGCGUGUCUCUUUUCUACAAGCCUUUUUGGGCUUUUCUAUCACCAGUAUCUCACUGUGGCAUGAAUCUCAGUUAACAUAAAAGGAUAUCCAAGUCACACUUGGGUUUCAAGUAUUUGUGCCCUUGAAGGGCUGACAAAAAAACAAACAAAACAAACAAACAAAAACCAGAAGAAAGCAAAUAUAAAGGA